AUGGCUUCCCCCACCGAAUCAUCAUCUCUCAUCUCGAAGCUCCAAUCCUCCGAUUCCACUGGCAUUUACGCCUUAGUCUACGAUUACCUCCGUCCCUUCGCAGAUCUGAACCCAACAAAGAAAACCAACAAUGACCAAACCCUAAUUCGAUCACUCGCUAAGCGUUUUCUCCCAUUUCUCAGCACCUCCUUCUCCAUUCUACCAAAACGUGUCCUGGAAGUUUCCAAAUCCAACAACGCCGUUCUAGUGGAUGAGUUGUUCAAGAUUUAUAGGCUCUGUUUGGAUUGCUUGGACACCGUGGUUUCUCAGUUGGACUGCAAGCCCUUCAUGGUGGAAUUUCAGAGAGUUCAGUUGAUGCAUUGCUUUGAGUCUUGUGGACGGGUCGAGGAUGCCGAAGCCGAAGGAUUUGGUAUUUUACAGAAGCUUGGAACGGUGAAGAGGAAGGGGAAGGGUAAGAUUCUUCCCGAAACAGACAAGGGCAGUGUAGAUGAUAAAAAUUUGUGCUCGUUGGUAGUAGAGAUUGUUGUGAACCUAGUGAAGUGUGCAGCCACGGGCCUUGGUAAAGAGGAUGGGCAUUUUAGGAGGGUGCUUCAUUUGGUUGACGAAGUAAGGCCAUGGCUCAGGGGAUUAGAUGCCAAGUCGUAUGAGAAGUUUCAUGGGAAGUUAGUGAUUCAUUUGGGUAAAUGUGCUACAAAUUUAUUGGGGACAACAACAUUUUUUGAUGGAGAUUUGGUAAUCACGUUCUGCUGUAUGACAUUGUCAGAGUGUAUGAAAUCUCCAAUUAAAGAUCAGGUCUUCAAGAUUGCCCGCAGGAUGUGCUCCUUAAUGUUUACGCUUCAGGGAAAUAAAUACCUGUAUAUCAUGGAUACACUGGAUUGCAUUGCUCGGGAGUGCAAGGUUGAAGAGGGAAAUACUGUAACAGAGUAUCUUGAACUUGUAUAUUAUUGUGUCAAUAAUUGUCAGACUGCAAAUUCAGGUUUUUGUAGUACAUUUGCAGCAUAUCUGAACGAAAAAGCAGAGCAUUUUAAACAGGUUAUGACACCCAUUAAUUCAAUACUGAGGAUUUAUGCAGCUGGGUUGCUUCUUCUUAGUUGUAAUUUGAGGUCCAGAGCUGAAGAUCAUGCAUCCUCUGGCAGUGCAAAAUUUGAAUGUUUGCUUGGAAUUUUACUUGAAAAUGAGAAAAUACUACAGAGUUCACCAUCUUUGCUCACUUCUGUACAUAUUUGCAGCAAAAGUAAUUGUAUGUCAUCCAAUGUUGAAAACCAACGUUUUUAUGGUCACUCAUGCAGAAAGUCAAGUUCUGAUUGUGAAGCUUCUAUGACUUACCUAUCAUUUUACUUAGAGGCAUUGAAAUUUCUAUGCCAACUGCUUGCUAAAUCAGUUAAUUCAGAAAGGAAACGGUUAGUCACUGAAGAGGACAAUGCUUCUGCUGGGAGUAUACUGUCCACUGUCCAAGAUGCAUUCCAUAUCCUUUGUCAUCUUAUGCUAUCUAGUCCAAGUUUUAUAUCUGAUAAGAAUAGAGAUGGAUUUUCUGAAAAGAGUAGUACAGUGCUCGAAGUAACUUUAGCAGCCUUCACCCUUUCCAUCAGAACCAAUCUUAAACUCAAGGAGAGCACACAAUUAAUUAAGCAGAUCAUUGCUAGCGAAUGGAUAAAAACAGAUGGAUUAAAAUACAUUAUUGAUUGUCUCUACAAUAUUACUGUAUUUUUGUACAGAAACAAGCAACUGAAGAAGGCUUCAAAGGUUCUAAACAUGUGUUGUAAAGCGUCAUGGCUCCGUAUUCAAUGCCAUUGUGGCAAUCAGGUGGAAGGUGCUUUGAAAGAGUUUGUAAUGGAGGCUUGCACAAGAAAUGCUCUACUUUUAGAUAUUCUAUAUGAAUAUCACAUCAAUAGUCUUCAUAAAAUAAGAAAGAAAAUGAUCGAGGUCCUUAAAAACUGGUCCACUGCUAACGAUCUGUUUGAGAAGCUUCCACCUCCUAUACCUGUAGUGAAGCAGUGGGUAAAGAUAGAAUGUAAACGUGCUAUACAUGUGGAUGGGAGAGUUGAUUCUCUUACCCUGUGCUCUCUGCUGCCAUCUUCUACAGAAUUGUCAAAGAGGAACAUCGGCACGAUCUUGGAGCAGGAACUUACAGCAUAUGAGGAAAUGAGUCUUAAAUACCCAGAAUUAUGUCAGAAAAUGCAAAUGAAAAUCACAGGUAUCCUCCUGCAAGAUAUAUAUAUCACUCCAUAUAGUUGUUUUCAAAAGGCACAAACUCUUGUGAGAAAGGGAAAGGCAUUAAGGAUUUGUGGCAUGGGUGGUCUGGGGGACUGCAUUCAGUGUCUGUCAGAAGCAAUAACUAUUAUGAAGCAGAUUUCUGGUGAGAUGUGUACCAAUAAGAACCCCAUUGAUCAUCAGUUGUGUGUGGCAUAUUGCCUGCGUGCACUAUGUACCCAGGAAGCUGAACCUAAUUCGAAGGUACUGAAACAUAUCUUAUCUUGGUUUUUGUACAUUAAGCAGCAAAUCUUUGAAGAUGUCAAGGCUGCUUUGGAUCUAUGGUUGAGCAUUUCUAAUCUUGAUCCCUUUGAAGAGGGAGAGUGUUCUGCAUUGUCUGACAGUAUGAUGAUUCUACUCUAUAACAUAUUUGAUUUAUUACAAUUGAAGGGUUUCAUGGUACUCUCCAAUGAUGCAUAUCGGCUGGUGAUUAGAAUUUUUAAAUUGAAGAAUGUCUCAAUUGAGAAGUGGUUGACCUUACUGUGGCAAAAUAGAAGGCUAAAUCAUGCCCUUUGUGAUUCGCCUGUAAAUGAGGCAUUCAUCCUGAAUUCAUCGGACGAGUUCAGUGAACUUUUGAAUAUUGAUUUCUGGAUAUGUUAUCUUCAAGGAAACCAAACAUCAUUAAUAGGGUUUCAGCAGAAUUUCUCUUUUUUGUUUGCUAGCUCUCAUAGGGAUUCUUGCGGUCGUGGGAGCUCUUUUCAAACACACAUCACAGUUGAUGAAGUUCAAAAUGCUGCACUUGAACUGAUUUCAAAUGUCUCCGUCCCGAGUCAUUCUGUUUUUCUUGCUGGGUGUCUUUACUAUGACUUGUGCCCAAGACUCGUUGCAAAUGGACAGUUACUGGAGGCUCUUUCAUUUGCAAAAAAAGCUCUUAGAUUACAUGCCCGACUCUUCCAAGGAAAAUUUAUACAUAAUGUUCAGCAGCAGAAUGAAGAGCACAGUGUAAUGGCUGACUUCUCAAAGAAUCUUAUGGAUGGUAUUAACAAAAUUGGAGUGAACACAUCAGUUGCUAGGGAAGUUUUUCUAUUUGAUUCUAUAUCAAGGGACUUAAAAGACAGUUACCUUAGUCCGUGGAAAAUUAUGCAAUGUUAUCUUGAGAGCACUCUUCAGGUAGGAGUCAUCCAUGAAAUGAUUGGAGAUGGAGAUGAGGCUGAAGCCUAUCUCCGGCAGGGGAAAGCCAUAUCCUGUUCACUACAAUUGCCUUUGUUUAUAGUUGCUUUCUCUUCCCUCCUAGGAAAACUUUAUGUUAAGAAAAGAGCUUGGGAUUUAGCAGAAAAGGAACUUCAAAGUGCUGAGCGUAUUUUAAAAGACAGUAGCACUACAUUUUGUUGCUCAAAGUGUAAAUUGAUACUCGAAGUUAAUCUGCAUGAGUAUCUUGGAGAUUUAUGUCAAAGUAAAUAUGAUACUUGUGAAGGGGUAAUUUCUGAAAAGACUUCAAAGAAUUGGUAUACAUCAGCUCUGAAUAAAUUAAAUCUUUCUGAUUGGAAAAAUCCUCUCAGCUGUCCUGGAGAUAGUGGUGAUGAAUCUGCAACUGAUGCUGCUGGUAAGACUUGUUCUUGCUUUAUAAUAAAUGAAGCGGGUGAAAAUGUAAUGAAAUCCAUGAUAGAUGGGCCAGAAACCAAGAUUGGAGCAAAGCAAAAUAGAAAGAAUAAAAAAGCAGCAAAGGGUUUACCAAAGGAACCAAAUUUAGUAGCUGAGAAUAAAACAAGGUUAACUCGUUCUAGAUACCGAUCUUUACAGAACCAACAUAUAAGCAUUUCGUGCGAGUCAGAAAUCAGUGAAAGUCUGGAGGGGAAUCCUGUUUCUGAUCCAUCUGAUAUGCACAGUCAGGAGUCAGAUUUGAACAUGAUAGGUUGCACCAAUGCUUCAAGGAGCACAAUAACUUGUGCUUUCUCCAAAAUGGGGUGUUGGCACUGUCUUCCAUCCGAAGUUUUGAAAUCUGGGUUACUAAAUGAUUUUAUUAAUCUGAAAUGGGAAUUCGUCCGGAGGAAACUUUCAAUGAAGCUACUCACUAGAGUAGUGAAAUGCUUUGCAUAUCCUGGUCAAAUUGAAGAAACACGUAAAAUUCUUCUAAGAAGCAUAUCAGUUCUGGUCAGCAGAAACCCAUUCUGCCACACAUUUACUUCUAUUCCUCAAGAUUAUUUUCAGCAUUUGGUUGCAAAGGAGAUCCCGGGAGAUGUAUUUGCUAUCGAACGUGCAGAAAUAGUUUAUGACAUAUGUUGGUUUUCUUUGAAGAGCUUUCAUUCCAAGUUUAUGAGUAACAUUUUCUGUAAUCUGUCUUCCAUCAAGUUCGAGGGCCUGGCUUCUUGGCUGAUGGUAGCCUUUGUACUCUCUCGUGAGGUUCCUGUAAUUUUUCAAAAGGUGUCUAAAUUACUUGCUGUGAUGUAUGUGGUUUCUGCCUCUAGUGAGCAGUUUUCUCUGUCAUCUUUUAGCAAAGCUUUGGGUGAAAAUUAUUGGUCUUCGUAUUUCCACCAAGCUUCUAUUGGAACUCAUCUUACUUACCAGUUUCUAUCACAUCUAACUGGAAGAUGCAAGGUACAACUACUUGUUGAUUUUCAGGGUUCAUAUGUUCCUGGAUCUUCUUCCGUCAGAGAAGGCGCGUUCGACUUACUCAGGCUCGUGCCUGAUACCGCUGUAGAUCUUGCAGAAUAUGUGAAAAAGUUUUUGGCUGGUCUUCCAUCUACAACAAUAAUCAGUAUAAGUUUGCUUGGAUGUGAUUAUACUAGUUUACUACAGGAAUUGUUGCCUUAUCGUACAUGUGUUCAAGCAUGGCUACUGGUGUCACGACUGAGUUUUAAGACUGAACCUAUUGUAAUGUUACUGCCACUGGAUUCCAUUUUACAAGAUGAGGGCAAUCAGAGUAUUGGUUCAGUCACAUUUCCUGAGUGUAAGAAACCUAGUGAAGAUUGGCAUUGUCCAUGGGGUUUUACUGUAGUUGAUGACGUGGCUCCUGCAUUCAAAACAAUUUUGGAAGAAAAUUACUUGUCAACAAUAUCUCCUUUUGAAGAUACACCACAGAAUAGGAUGUUAUGGUGGAAGCGGAGAAAGAACCUUGAUCACCGUCUUGACAUAUUGCUGAGGAACCUUGAAGAUUUAUGGUUUGGUUCAUGGAAAUGCUUGCUUCUUGGAGAAUUGUUGAAUUGCAAGAAUUUUGAGUCAGUGCAGAAUAGUCUUGUGAAUGAUCUAAGAUCUAAAUGCAAAUUGGAUGUUAAUGAGGGACUUCUUAAAAUUAUUCUUGGAGGCUCCAAAUAUGUUUGUGAAGGAAAAACAUUGGUUUCACAGCUAUGUUUAAAGAAAGACUGCUACAUUGCUAAAGUAGGCUAUUGUAAUGAAGCAAGGAAUGGGAUAUUGUUAAAUGCGGCCAAUGGAUUUGGAAAGUCAUCUGAUGUUGCUUUUCAACUAUUAAAUGAAGCAUUAAAUGCCCUGGAAGUGGAUGACUCCAUAAAUAGAGAGGCAAUAAUUCUUGUGUUGGAUAAUGAGGUGCAGAUGCUUCCUUGGGAAAAUUUGCCCAUAUUAAGGAACCAGGAGGUUUAUCGCAUGCCUUCAGUUAGUAGCAUCUCUGCUGUUCUUGAUAAAGUCGGCAACCAUCAAGAGCUAGUGGGAAGGACUUUAGCACCCUUUCCUUCGAUAGAUCCACUGGAUGCUUUUUAUUUAUUAAAUCCUGAUGGUGAUCUCGGUGGCACUCAAAAUGAGUUUGAGAAUUAUUUUAGAGUUCAAAGCCUGGAGGGAAAGGCAGGUUCUAAACCCACCGUCAAAGAAUUGGCUUCAGCGUUGGAGAGUCAUGACCUUUUUAUAUAUUUUGGGCAUGGAAGUGGAGCACAGUACAUUCCAAGGCAUGAGAUUCAGAAACUAGAGAAAUGUGCUGCUACGCUUCUGAUGGGAUGCAGUAGUGGUUCGUUGACCUUACAUGGGAACUAUGCGCCUCAAGGUAUUCCCCUGUCAUAUCUGCUGGCUGGUUCUCCAGCCAUCAUUGCCAAUCUGUGGGAAGUGACAGACAAGGACAUAGAUCGAUUUGGUAAGGCAAUGCUUGAUGCGUGGUUGAAAGAAAGAUCAGAUCUUACAAGAGAAUGCUUCCAAUGCAACUUAUUAUCAGAAGAAUUUGAGGCCAUGAACUUGAAGGGCUGCAAGGGUAGAGCAAAGAGUAAAGUUCCAAGGAAGAAAUCACGAGAGUUGGCUGAAAGUGAUUUACCUAAGAACAACUGUGGUCAUAGACGCAAAAUUGGAGCUUUCAUGGGUCAGGCGCGUGAAGUCUGCACCCUUCCUUUCUUGACAGGGGCAUCUCCAGUAUGUUAUGGUGUUCCUACUGGAAUUUUGAGGAGAAAGAAUAUUUAG